ACAACUACUUGUAGACACUACACUACAUUGUACUUCAUGUUUUCUUUUUCCGGUCGACACUCUCACUUGAACUAAUUUUGAACGAAGUUCGAUAAUGAAUUUUGCACAUGUGUACGUCCCACUUCCGACACUGUAGGAAUAAAUUUUGAAGUUUAUCCAGCGCAGUUAUCUUCGACGUCUCUCUUUUAAAUCCUGGAUCUCUACAUUUAUCUUUAGUCCCGUACCGGCAUUCACCUGACCCCUUCAAUAAUAUGUAACAGGUAUUAGCCGUAGCGGCAUAUUAUCACAGCCACAGGUCGUCAUAGAAAGUAGGAAGGAGAAGCAACAACGUGGUGUCACCUUGACCUUGGAUUGGUUGAAUAACAACGUUUUUACAGCUGAUAAGCAAAGAUACGCGCGAAUACCGUCAAGGGCAGUCGAGGGGAAAACACUCGCGAAAUCGACUUGUCCGCUUUCACGCAGCUUUUCUACACUCGUGUAUUGCGAAUUGCAUGCGUGCGGGGAUUUUGAAUGCAUUGCGACUAUCCAACUCUGCGCGCUUUAUAUCGUUUCACGUGCGCGCGCAUUGAAUAUUGCGCCGGCGUGAUAUCCCCUCCCUCGUGAUUAUGGCCAGCAGAUGCGUGCGCAUUACGCCGCGUAACAGUUGAAAUACGAAAGACAAGAAGACAGUCGUGGUCGCGGUAGUUGAUCAUGCAGAUAUUCGAAAAACGUCUGAUCGCAAGGUGAUAUAUCGUUUACAAAGUGGAAACUCACCGUUCCAUAUAAAGCCAUCUAUCAUUGUUUUUUUGGCGAAUAGUGUUUGUGUGUAGUUGACGAUGAAACGUCAAUAAUAAAUCGUGGCGUUCUCCAGUUUGUCCCGUCGUUCGCGAACGCUUUCUGCAGAAAUCGAGACAACAGUUUCCCUUGUGUUUCCUCUGUGACAAUUAGGAGUACACACAAACAUCGAUGAGGCUGUCUGAAUUCCUGAAUAGUCAUCUUUUCGCUGAGAACAGGACCUCGUGAUGACUGGUUUAACUAUUCUUUUGACGAUCUUAUUUGUUCCGACGAUCGCAUGAAUUAAUUUGCACCGUGUAUCGGCUCAACGAUAUCAAGAAUAAGACAGUCGAGGGUACCAAUUAAGAUGGCCUUCUGACCUUGAACAGAACAUGAUUGGACCAUCUUCGGGUACUGGAGGGAUUCCGGAUCACGAGGUGUCCAAUAGCCAGUUGCGAAUGCCCAAGAAGCGAAUUUUUGAUGAUCUGGAUAUAGAGAGUUUGUGCGAGGAAGUCCAAAACAACAGGAAACGGUACCAUCUUGAAGAGAUUCAGACUCCGAUGGAGUUGGUGGCUACAAAUCAGGUAAUCGGUGACAACACUGCGGCGCUAUUUUCUCCGUUAUCGGCCCAAGAAGCUGCUGAGGAGUGUCCAAUGGCACGCUUGGAGGUUCUCCUAGUAGAUGAGACCAAUUGCACAUGGACCACCAUCUCUGAACCGGAAUCCCAGCAGAAUGUUGGUGAAAAUACCACACCUCCGUCUUCCUCGCCAUCGGUGCAUAAACAGGGACAAGUGAUCCAGAAUGUUCAAGUCGACAAAACCAGCUACCAGGUGGACUCGAGUUACUGGGAACCAGUGGUAACAAUCCCUUCAACGAAUCUGCAAGAGAACAAACUUGGUCCGCCUUUCAGUAACCACCACCAUCAGCAGCAGCAACAGUUUGAUGAUCAAGAAACUGGGAACCUGUCCUGGUUACUAGACUUCAAAUUGGAUUCAUUUAUUGAGGCUGCUGAUGAAAGAUCUUCUUUACCAACAUUCAGGGAUGGCCAUAAUGGGGGUAAAACAAAAGUAAAUGGACGCACUUAUAGUUCCGCCUACUUGAACGAAGUCAAAAGCAAUUACAACGAGAACAGUGCACCUUAUCAGGACAUGACUAAGAAUUAUUCAAGUCUCGAUAACAGAAAUUUUGCGUCCACUCGGUAUAACGGACCCAAAAAGCCACCUUUCACCUAUACAGAACUCAUUGAACAUGCUCUUAGAGAAAGGGGAGAACUUACAGUAUCAGCCAUUUAUCAAUGGAUCUCCGAACAUUUUCCUUAUUAUAAAAGCAAUGACGAUCGAUGGAAAAAUUCUGUACGGCACAAUCUUUCUAUAAACCCUCAUUUUCGAAAGGGAUCAAAGGCACCCCAUGGGGCUGGUCACCUAUGGGCCAUCGCGAACCGAUCCGUAGACUCUAGACCUAGACAAAUCGUCAAUUCCUUUACGAAGCAAGUUGCCAAGCUACCUGCAGAACCUGAAAAUUCUCGAAGAAGUAUUAGUCAUAUAAAUCCCAUAGAUGAAGUAGAAGCAGCGACUGCUAGCAUCGCUCAACCAACUUCAGAAGAGGAGACUGAGAAUAUAGUCAGCUCUGUGACAUUGGAACAUUGUGCGGAGCAAAUACUUAGUGGUAUUAAAAAGGAAGUAGAAGUUCAAUAUUUAAUCCCUAUGAUGAUGUCCAGCAACGAACAUGAUUCGACGCAGACCGCUCAACAGACCCACGAACUCCAUUAUUCUGUGAAAGAAAGCGAUUUCCUUAAUCCUGUGUCGAAAGAGGUAGUGGCAGAAGAGUGUGGGCUUAUAAGCGAGGGUUAUCUAGUCACGGAUUUGAAUCCGACAACUUUAGGUUUGAACAUGGUCGAGCCAGAAAUCAUCACACCAGAGAAUCUCUUUGGCGAAGAGUUGAACUUCCAAUUUUAUGAAUUAUCGUCUCCAUCACAGCUUCAGUCCGCUUGACAUAUGGACAAAAAUAAGCUACGUUUAAUAGUCAUCGACGAGUUGCACGUACAAAAUAUUCAAAGUUGCGGUCAGAUGGAGACUACCGGCGGUCGCGAUCUUCAUAGUGCCACUAAGGGAAACGAAUCAUCUCAGGAAGUUAUAACUAAUGGAAAAUCAUCCCUGGUCGUGCAAGAUUACAUUGAGAACUCUGACGUGUGUUCGACGGUGGAGAGUUGACUUCUUUAACAAUGAUGCUGUCGCAAUUGCAAGAUUUAUACGAUAAACCUAAGAAACUGGUCGAAAACGAUUGUGAAACAAACUGCUCUGGAGGUGUGAAAUAGUUUCACCAGUUGCAACAUGCUAUUGCCCUAAUUGUGCCUGAAUAUGUGUCUUAUCAAGUCAUUUAAUACUACACAUUAUAGUAUAGUUUCUUCUAGCUCUUACAGAGUAACAUGUAACGUUUUUUUGUAUUAGCAAAAACAAGAAAUAUAAUAUUUACUAUGAUGUGUAAAUAAUGUCGUUUUAA